AUGAGUGAAAAUUUAAUUCUUGGUAUAUUAAUUUUUGCUCUAUUUUUGGAUUUGUUGGCUUUUACAUUAAUUCUUCCUUUAUUUCCUUCGAUUCUUGAACAUUUUUCUAAAUUACAACAAAAAAAUAAUGAUCCUUUAUUCUCAACAUUUUCACAAUUAAGUGGCUAUAUUCAAUCAAUUUUAAACGUUCCUUCCCUCGAUCGUUACAAUAAUGUUUUCUUUGGCGGAAUAUUAGGCUCACUUUUCUCUUUUCUUCAAUUUUUAUCCUCUCCGAUUUUUGGAGCUUUUUCUGAUAAAUAUGGAAGAAAACCUCUUUUAUUGUUUGCCGUUUUUGGAUCUUUAAUUUCUUAUUCGUUUUGGUCUAUUUCUGGAUUAAGUUUUUCGUUGUUUUUCUUCUCUCGUUUAAUUGGAGGGUUAAGCAAAGCUUCGAUAUCUCUUGCCAUUGCAAUUGUGACUGAUUUACUGCCAGAUGAACGUAGAGGGAAAGGAAUGGCUUUAGUCGGUGCCUGUUUUUCUCUUGCUUUUAUUGCUGGCCCAUCAAUAGGUGCUUGUUUGUCUUUACAUGGACGUGAUAAUGACCAAUUCAAUUCUAGACCAGCAUAUUUAGCUAUUGUCCUAACUAUACUUGAAGCUUUAAUUCUUUUAAUAUUUCUACCUGAAACUUUGAAAAAUAAUGAGGAGAAAAGAAAAAAUAAAACAUCAAAUCAAGAUUAUUCUCUCUGGACAUUUAUUAAUCCACUUUCAACACCAAAAAGUUCUAAAAAAUCAGAAGACAUUCCUUCCAACAAAUUUUUAUUAAAUUCAAUUUCUCUUAUUUAUUUUUCAUUUCUUCUCUUCUUUUCAGCAUUAGAAUUUACUUUAGGGUUUUUAACUCAUAUUCGUUUUUAUUACGAUAGUAGACAACAAGGAAAACUUUAUUUAAUUUCUGGAAUUUGUAUGCUUUUAAUACAGGGAGUUUUUGUUCGUCGAUCACCUUCUACCUCCAAAGCUCAAUCAAAAUGUGCACUUUUUGGUUUAAUAGCAAUUGUACCAGCUUAUUUAUUUAUGGCUAUAGCUAAUUCUGAAUUUUUGUUAUACACUGGACUUUUAUUUUAUUCAAUUUCAUCGGCAACGGUUGUUCCUUCAUUGACAGCAUUGUUUUCGAGAUAUUGUGAACAAACCCAAAGAGGUGCUUUUCUCGGAAUAUUUCGCUCUGUAGGUGCUCUCUCUCGCGCUUUUGGUCCUUUACUUGGUUCUACUUUAUUUUGGAUGUUUGGGCCAACUCUAAGUUAUUCAUUUGGAGCAAUUUGUCUACUAAUUCCAAUGUUUAUGUUUAUUAAAUUAAGAAAUAACCUAAAAUGGACAAAUGAGGAAAUACAAAAUAUAAAAAAUGAAUAA